AUGCCUCAUCUUUGCUACAAUUGUCAAGUUAUACUUUGCGCCAUUGAUCAACGUUUCACUGAUGGGGGAAUCAAUGAUUCUGGUGAUAAAUAUUAUAACUCCUCUCUGUUCACCGGCGGAUUUCGGGGAUGGAUCACAGCUGCGACAGAAGGUACAUGCGACCUCUGCUCCCUCACGUAUUUCAAUCCUGAGCCUGAUCUAUACAAGGAGGCUUUGGACGAGAUAAGCCACCAUGGAGAGAUGACGUGUAUUCUGACUGCAGUACUCCAGUUGAAGGCUUUAGGCGGCGAGGCGGGCAGCUCGACAUGGGGUCCAAGAACCGUAACUGCAAUUCGUGGCUGGCUAGACGAAUGUAUCUCAUCACACGAUGAAUGCAGAACCCCCUCAAACUUUGCGCUUCCGAUGCGUCUUCUGGACGUGAGCCCAGCAGGAACCAGGACCGCCGUCCCUACCACCGUCGACGAUAUCAACAGUUUGUCGAUUGAUGUUUUGCCUCAAGUCAAGCUAUUCUCGACGGCGGACCUCCCCAGUGACACCAAGUAUUUAACUUUGAGUCAUUGCUGGGGUACGGGAGUUUCUAUGAAACUCCCGAACAAGCUACUCAACAUAUACGAAAGCCAAAUCCCGCUUGUCGAUCUUUCAAGCCCUGAGGCAAAAGUGUUCAAAGAAGCAAUAUGGAUUACCAGAUGUUUGGGGUAUCGUUACUUAUGGAUUGAUGCACUAUGUAUCAAUCAAGAGGAUGAGACCGAGAAAUCAAUUGAGAUUUCUCAAAUGGACCAGAUCUUCAGUGGAGCAGAAGCCAACUUAUCUGCCACAUCGGCAUCGUCUGGCGCCGACGGUAUGAUAUUCAAUCGGGAGCACAGUCUGUACGAGCUAUUUCCUUGUGAAUGGAAAGAACCUGCCCUAGAAAAGACCCAAGAUGAAAUGCUUCAAGAAAAGAAGGACUAUUUGGUGGUACGUGUACCAAGGGAGAUUAUCGUUUGUGAGCCAGUCAACAAACGGGCAUGGGUAUUCCAAGAGCGCAUUCUAGCCCCGCGGGUCAUCCACUUUUGCAGAAACAGGAUACAUUGGGAGUGUACGCGAGAGACUGCCACGGAGCUGCAGAACUACUCACCCUGGAUUAUUGAAGAAAAAGGGAUUGGCUAUUCCCAUACCAAAUACGCCCGGUAUGCGUCAAUGGAAGGGAUUGACGACACUAAGAUGGGAAAGAAGGAUUGGUGCCACCGAUUCCGGGGUCUCGUGGAUCACUACUCUUACACUUCGCUCACGUUCCCUCAAGACAGGUUAGCUUCACUUGCUGAUAUUGCAAAGAAGAUCAGUGUUGAUGGAGGUCUGAGAGAGAACGAGUACUUUGCAGGUCUAUGGGGACCUGAUCUACCAGAGGCGUUGAUGUGGAAGGCUAACCACAAAGCCGGAGUAAGGAAGUGGGAUCCUGAACACGUCGGGUAUAUCGGCCCGUCGUGGUCUUGGGCUGGAUGCGAAGCUGAGACAAUAAUCGGCGGAAAGGAUUAUCGUGACGAGUGGGAGAGCUUAGUUACUGUAAUCCAUGUCUGGACAGUGCCUAAUAUACCUGGCGGUAGCCGGUUUGGGGCGCUCGCUGAUGGAGCGUUGAUUCUGAAGGGCCGGCUUGUGGAAAUGCACCGCAAGAGGAUCGGUGAUGCGUUCGUGGUAUCAAUAAGAGAUGGUGAUUCCAAUUCUGAAAGAAAAUUGUACUUCGAAGCAAGAACUGCGCAAAGCAUUAAAGAGUGGGAAAAUCAUCCCGCCGGAAUCAUGAAACAGUUAAGCAUCUGCUGGGAUCGAUAUACGAUGGCCUUCGACCGUGCGGCUCUUCCUGCACAACAGGUCGACACGUCCCUGGAUUUGAGUUCCUGGCCCAAGAUCGAGCCAGAGGUCUUUUAUCUUUUACCGAUCUGUCAAUAUCCUAUGCCACACCUUUCCAGGGAGGAUAAUUGUUUCCCAGUAGAGGGGUUGGUUCUGUGUCGCGAUGAUACUACUGGCAGCUUUAGACGAGUUGGAAUUUUCAAUACGUGCGUGGCCUGGGCCGUCGGGACUAAUAAGGAGUUGAAGCUGCGGUUACUGAAAGUCCCCGAAACGGAGUUGACGAUUGUCUGA